AUCUUUGCUGCACUCCGCCCGCGCUGCGCCAUUUUGAAAAUGUAAUAUUGGAAGAAGCAGAAGCGAGGGAAAUCUCAAAGUAGAACGCAAAGUCGGAAAACCGGUUCGGAGACUUGAACGACUAUUUGUUUGACUGAAAACCGGUUCGAAUCAUUUGCAACAUCGGGGCUGUGGACCGUGGAAGUUACUAACGGCACUUCAUCUUCUUUCCCUCGCUGUCGCUUCGUCAGAACCUCUCUCAUCAUCUUACCCGGGUCAGCUCUGUUUCGGUUCAGGGCCACAGCCCGCUACAGACAGCUCCUCAUGAUGGCAGGGCCCGGUGGAGGGAGCAGCGAUGUGCAGUGGUGCUUUUCCCAGGUCAAGGGAGCGAUGGAUGACGAUGUCGCCGAAGCUGACAUCAUUUCCACGGUGGAAUUCAACCAAUCUGGAGAGCUGCUUGCCACCGGAGACAAGGGCGGGCGUGUUGUGAUCUUCCAGCAGGAGCCGGAGAGUAAGAACCAGCCUCUGCGCCGAGGGGAGUACAAUGUUUACAGCACCUUCCAGAGCCACGAGCCCGAGUUUGACUACCUGAAAAGCCUGGAGAUCGAGGAGAAGAUCAACAAGAUUCGAUGGUUACCCCAGAAGAAUGCAGCACACUUCCUGCUGUCUACUAAUGAUAAAACUAUCAAACUGUGGAAAAUUAGUGAACGUGACAAAAGACCAGAGGGCUACAACCUGAAAGAGGAGGAUGGGCGAUACAAAGACCCCAAUACUAUCACUGCACUAAGGGUCCCAGUAUUAACGCCGAUGGAUUUGAUGGUGGAAGCCAGCCCCAGACGAGUGUUUGCAAACGCUCACACCUAUCAUAUCAAUUCCAUCUCCAUUAACAGUGAUUGUGAGACCUAUCUUUCUGCAGACGACCUGCGCAUUAACCUCUGGCAUCAGGAGAUAACGGACCGCAGCUUUAACAUUGUUGACAUAAAACCUGCAAAUAUGGAGGAUUUGACCGAAGUGAUCACAGCCGCUGAGUUCCACCCCAAUCAGUGCAACACGUUUGUCUACAGCAGCAGCAAGGGAACCAUCCGAAUGUGCGACAUGAGGGCGUCAGCGCUGUGUGACAAGCACACUAAACUGUUUGAGGAGCCUGAAGACCCAAACAACCGUUCAUUCUUUUCUGAAAUCAUCUCAUCUAUUUCUGAUGUGAAGUUCAGCAAUAAUGGACGCUACAUGAUGACGCGCGAUUAUCUCUCCAUCAAGAUCUGGGAUCUUUGCAUGGAGACUCGCCCAGUUGAAACGUAUCAGGUGCAUGAAUAUCUCAGGAGUAAAUUGUGUUCACUUUAUGAGAAUGACUGCAUUUUUGACAAGUUUGAAUGCUGUUGGAAUGGGAAUGACAGUGUUGUGAUGACGGGUUCUUACAAUAACUUCUUCAGGAUGUUCGACCGAGGCUAUCAGCAGGACGUGACCUACGAAGCGUCGCGGGAAAACAGUCGGCCGCGAUCCAUCCUCAAGCCUCGCAAAAUAAGCACAGGUGGGAAGCGCAAAAAGGAUGAGAUCAGUGUGGACAGUCUGGACUUCAGCAAAAAGAUUAUCCACACAGCCUGGCAUCCUCUGGACAACAUCAUCGCCGUAGCCACCACCAACAAUCUGUACAUUUUUCAGGAUAAACUGAACUAGCACUCCCUAAAUCGCUCCGUUCCCAGUGUCUACGUCAGCCCCUUUGCUCUGAUGCAUACACAGAUCAAAUGAUAGUUGUUUUUUUGGGGGGAUUCUCCAUGAAUUUUGAUUAGUAUGUGGCAAACUACUUCCCAAUCAUAUAACUCUGGGGGGUUUUUAGACUGUGCAGAACCUCCAUUAUGAGCUAAAAAAUUACUGUUAGCUGAACCACUACAUCCCUGAAUAAGGGGAAAUGUUCCUUUGUACCGCUGUGCCAUGGCGACUUGAUCACUAUUAUGUCAUGGUCUUUAGAUUUUGUUUUUGUAGCUAUGUUUUAUGAGUUUAAGUGUCUUAUUUUAAGCAUCUUUUUUUUUGUUGUUGUACUGGUCCAAAGCACUGUUAGCGCAGACGUCAUCGCCUCCUUCCUGUUGUAGAGACAACGGUCGGGUCUUACCACGCUUAACUCGUUUUUCGGACAUUUCUGUAAAGCCGACAGUCGAUCAGAGUUGGACUUUAACAUCAGGUCCUGUUUUUUUACAUUCAUCUCACAAAAACACAGGAGCAACUUUUGUGUUGAUCAUCAGGGGUGUUGGUUUCACCCGAUAGAUAUCAAAGUGGAUUAAAAAAUUUCAGACAUUUUCACAGAUGAACUUCAUCAGAGAAACUCUGAACACGUUGGGGGGAAAUCUUCCUCUUGGCCUCGUUCAGACAAACCUUGGAGUGGGACUGAGCAGUACUGGCUGCUCUCUUACAGGUUAUCCUUCACCUCUCCAGCUGAGUCCUCUUCCUUAAUCAGAAGUUGCAGCCUUCCUCAGCUUUAGUGGUUUAUUACGAUUUUUAUUAUCUAAGUGCUGUGAAAAUACACUUGGUUUGGUUUUAUUUAGUAUUUUUCUCUGAAAAAGCCAACGUCAUGCCAAAUUAAACUAAGAAUGUUGAGAUGAAAUCGUUUUCGAAACACCUGACUGUAAAAAUUAGUCCGCUUUUUUUGUUAUUUAUUUGAUGAAGGUGAAACUACAUAGUUUAAACUUUUUUUUAAUUGUUAUUAGAGAAAAGUGCUUUAAGAAAUGGCCCCCUGGUCUCAGAGGUACCAGAUCCCAGUAGAUAUUUACCUUUUGUUUUCUUGUCUACUUUGAUUGUGUCGACUGAAAAAUCCAUUUUGUAAAUCAGGAAAUUCUCCUUUGAGCACGAAACCGACGAGCACAUGGAUCGGCUAGUUAGGCCUAAGGAUCCGGUGGAUCUGAAGUUGAAGUAGUUUAUCAAGAAUGAACUCCAAUCGGGCAUCCUUGCACUUGUGUUCUUACUAAGCUCAGGACCAGAUCAUGUGAAGUUGCAGCGGCCGGAUUCUGCUGUAGUUUCUGGUACCAGAACCGAGAACUGUUUUGUUUAUGAAAAGCUACUUUACCUCGAAGAAUAGCAAUAUCAUUACAGUCUCAUUUCUGGACAUUUCUGCAGCUUCCUGUCAGUUUGACUGCUGGAGAGCUGGUCAGAAAGUUUUUUUCAUGCAGCAUUUUGAUCAAUAUUAAAAACAUUUUUGGGGAGCUGAAGGUUAUAUUAUUUUUUGAAACAGAGGUUAUAUGAGAACAGUCUCUAAAAGACGAAGCAGAUUAACUUCUAAAUCAGUACUUUAGAUGUGAGUACCUAAUAUGAACCACUAGAAGUUGUGUGUGUGUGCAUGUGUGACUCUGGAUUCUGAAUUCUGAGGGCCUUGUUUUUGAUCAUCCGAUGUCCCUGUGCUGCAUGUUUUCUAGGGCGUACCUGUCCCACCACACCUGCGUUAGCUCCUCAGCUCUAUUCGCGACCCAGAGAUCUGACCAAAAGGCUGGUUGUUUUUCAUGAGAGAACCCUGAGAAUCUGACUUGUUAAAGGGUGGUAACCCCUCCAUGCCUGACUUUACUGUAUUUCCAGUUAUAAAAUCUUAAAAUGUUCCAAUUUAGUCUGAAGAAGUAUUCAGUUAGUAUACUUCCUACUCUACACGUACUAGGUCUAUAGUACACUAUCUAGACAUAAACUCAAGUAUACCUAAUGAAAUAAACUUGGUGUACUACUUCUUGCUAAAGGGUCUAACGUUAGUCGUAUCAGAAGACGGAUUAGAAAAUGCCUUCCUGCUCCUCUACUGUGUGUAGAUGAACUUGACCUUUUCAGUCUGCUCCUUUAACCCUUGUGCUAUCCAAGGCACUUUAACAUUGGGAGUUGGGUCAUCUAGACCCACUAGACAGUGCUCUGAAUCUUUUUCUUCAAUGAUUUGUGAUCUUCACUGGUGUCCAUGGAUUACAUGAAAUCUUUCCACCUUUAUCCACCUUUGUCAUUGUAGGGAGAACACUUCAAUGUAAGGGUGGGGUCAUUUUGACCCCACAAGAUAGCACAAGGCUUAAGCACUGAAGUACCAGCAGCAGUGACCCUGUUGGUACUGAAGCACAGCAGCACACUAAUCUUAUAAACAAUGCCACAGGCUGACAUGUGUUCACACACUGUGAAUCAGAGGAAAAUCUUUUGUUUUGUUGUAUUUUGCUGCUGCAUUUUUAUUUUUUAUUUUUUAAGGCUGUAAAAAAACAUCCAGUGCAGUUCAGGGGUGAGAUCUAAGUCCAGGGGGAAUUGACUAGUUGGAUCCUUUGACUGUUGUACGUUUGUUUUUGUGUUUUUUUGGCGUAUGCGAGGCCUGUCCAUGACUGAAUGUCGGCACACUGCAUCCCUGUGAUUCCUGCUUUUGCAAACAGAUUUUGGACCCCUAUAGGUCCAGGGAAAAGUAUACAUUCAGGGGGAAACUUGUCUCUUACCUGCAGUAUUUGCUUGUCAGCCCUACCAUGAAAGCGCCAUUUCAGCAGGUUUUCAGUGAGACUGUGAUGUUUACAUUUUAAGAUCACAAUUGUUAUGUGUGUGUGUUUUUGUUGUUUUUAUGGUAUUGAAAUGCUCUGAUGGACUGAUUGUUCUUUUGUAUCAUUUGCCAAAAAAAAAUCCCGGCUGCUUUAAAUUCUGGCAUUACCACUAUAUAUUUUGAGGGCUGACAUUCUGCAAAAAGCACAAGUGUCACAAACUUGAUGUCAACUCAUAUCUAUUCUUGCUCAUUUUCACGUCUUACAGGAAAAGUGAAUGGAAAUGAACUGAUCGUAUUUAAUGGCAUCUCAUGAUGUCUGUCUUUAAUAAUGGCUUAACCUCUUGUGAUCAAAUACUGGUUUAACUACUUCUAUACAUUUGUAAUAAUCCUUCAAGUCCUUCAGGACAUGAGAUGUCCUGGAGCAUAAUAAUAAAUCAUAUACGGUGUUUGUAUCUAAAUGUGUCUCUUCACAAUAUCAGCCGGUUUCUAAAAUGAUGUUAACCUCCUGUUGAGUGUUGGUCUCUCAGGGUUUAAUAAAACACUUUUGUGACCCCUC